AGCAAUGGUACCAGCAUGAUAUCAUUGAUCAUUCCCCCCAAAGACCAGAUUUCCCGAGUCGCAAAAAUGCUAGCGGAUGAGUUCGGCACCGCCUCCAACAUCAAGUCCCGAGUGAACCGCCUUUCAGUCCUGGGAGCCAUUACAUCUGUACAGCAAAGACUCAAACUCUAUAACAAAGUACCUCCAAACGGUCUGGUUGUUUACUGUGGAACAAUUGUGACAGAGGAAGGAAAAGAGAAGAAAGUCAACAUUGACUUUGAACCUUUCAAACCAAUCAACACAUCAUUGUAUUUGUGUGACAACAAAUUCCACACAGAGGCUCUCACGGCGCUGCUUUCCGACGACAGCAAGUUUGGCUUUAUUGUAAUAGAUGGUAGCGGGGCACUCUUCGGCACUCUUCAAGGAAACACGAGAGAAGUCCUGCACAAAUUCACUGUGGAUCUUCCAAAGAAGCACGGUAGAGGAGGUCAAUCUGCCUUGCGUUUUGCUCGUUUGAGAAUGGAGAAACGACACAACUAUGUGAGGAAGGUCGCGGAGACGGCUGUGCAGCUCUUCAUUUCGGGAGACAAGGUGAACGUGGCUGGUCUCGUUUUAGCUGGAUCAGCUGACUUCAAAACUGAAUUAAGUCAAUCUGACAUGUUCGAUCAGCGGUUGCAAUCCAAAGUGCUCAAACUAGUUGACAUUUCAUACGGAGGAGAAAAUGGAUUUAAUCAAGCAAUUGAAUUGUCAACUGAAGUCCUCUCCAAUGUGAAAUUCAUUCAAGAGAAGAAACUAAUAGGCCGAUACUUUGAUGAAAUCAGUCAGGACACGGGGAAGUACUGCUUUGGUGUUGAAGAUACACUAAAAGCUUUGGAAAUGGGAGCAGUAGAGAUACUGAUAGUCUAUGAAAACCUGGAUAUCAUGAGAUACGUCCUGCACUGCCAAGGCACAGAGGAGGAGAAGAUCUUGUAUUUGACACCAGAGCAAGAGAAAGAUAAGUCCCACUUCACAGAUAAAGAGACUGGCCAAGAACAUGAACUGAUAGAAAGUAUGCCCCUUCUGGAGUGGUUUGCAAACAACUACAAGAAAUUUGGAGCAACAUUGGAAAUUGUUACAGACAAAUCACAGGAAGGAUCCCAAUUUGUGAAAGGAUUUGGAGGAAUUGGAGGUAUCUUGCGGUACCGAGUGGACUUCCAGGGAAUGGAAUACCAAGGAGGAGACGACGAAUUUUUUGACCUUGAUGACUACUAGGUAGUCGACCUGGGUCCGGCAAAACGUGCCUCGCCCCUCCAGCAUCCAACCCAAGGAGCAAACUCAUGGUGGAAAACACAACAGAUCCCUGCCUUAGAAUUGGAACAUUUCCAGAACUUGAUCCACAAGCAUUGGAUUUAAAAAAGCAAAGCCCUACACUUUGAUUUGUCAUAGUGUCAGUA